AAUUGACAGCCAUUGUUUUUAUAUUUUUUUCUACACAAACGUUUGUGAAAAAUUUCAGAAAAUUUUGUUUUUUCACAAGAAAAUACUUUUACAAAAUGGGUAAAGGUUUUAACAAUUACAUGUGUAAGAAAUUCUUCCAUCCAGCCUCCAGGGACAAUCUAAAACGAGUAUGGAUGGCUGAACAGCAGGCAGAGGCCUAUAAAAAGAAACAGGAGGAACUGCGCAAUCAGUAUGAAAAGGAACAGAAUUUGCAUGAAAACAAAGCCAUGCUUAGUAAGAAGAGCAAGGACAAGUUGAGUGUUAAUUUUAUGUACGAACCGCCACCGGGAGUGAGAAAAGAUCGUGAAAAAGAUGACAAUGAACCGGAGUAUAAAUUCGAAUGGCAGCGCAAAUACAAUGCUCCGCGUGAAUCGUAUUGUAAAGGUGAUACCGAAAUUAGAGAUCAACCUUUUGGUAUACAAGUGCGUAAUGUGCGCUGUAUAAAGUGUCACAAAUGGGGCCAUAUUAACACAGACAAGGAAUGUUCCAUGUACAGUAUAUCCAUGAGUGAGGCACGUAAAUUGCACUCCGAGGCAGAGGCUUCUGAUAUAAUGGCUAAAAAUGUUUUAGAAGAACAAAUGAAGGGUGAUGGUCUAAUGAUGAAACGUUCGGCCAUGGAAUUACAAAAUAGUACUAAUCAGCAGCAUGCCUUAGUGCCCAGUGAUCCCGAAGAUGAAGAUGAUGAGAAAAUGGCUAAAGAGGGCAAUCCGGAAAAAGCAUUUUUAAAAUCCCUUAGCAAGGAACAGAAAUUGAAGCUGUUGAAGAAACUAGAAAAGAUAGAAAAACUUAAGAAAAGUAAAGAUGGCAAAAUUAAAAAACAUAAGAAGUCCAAGAAAAAAUCAAAAAAACGGGACGAUAACAGUGAUUCAGAUGAGGAUAAACGUAAGAAACGCAAAAAGAAAGACAAAAAACAUAAAAAGUCAAGCAAUAAAUCAGAAUCCUCUUCGGAUGAAUCUUCAUCAUCGUCAGAUGAGAAAUGCAAUAAGAAAGACAAAAAACAUAAAAAGUCAAGCAGCAAAUCUGAAUCCUCUUCAUCUUCGGAUGAUUCUUCAUCAUCGUCAGAUGAGUCAACGUGCACAGAAAGUAAAAAUAAACACAAAAAAGUCAAAGGGUCCAAUGAUAAGAAGUCAUCUGAAACAGAGAGACAUAAUAGAUCACGUACUAGGUCAAGAGAACGCGUAGUAAGAAGGCGAUCUCAUUCUCGGGAGAGGCAACAUUCCAGAUCACCACCAAGAAAUGGCCAUACAAAGGAGGAAAAACGUGAAAGAAGACGUAGCCGAACACCACGUAAUCGGGAUCGUUCACAUUCAUCAGACGAGUCAGCAAACUUAAAAUGUGGUAAACGCAAGACACAUAAAAAUUGUUAUGAUAAGAAAUCAUAUGAAUCACAGAGACGAGAUAGAUCACGUUCAAAAUCUAGAGAUCGCACAGAAAGGCGUCAUUCAAGGGAAAGACAACGUUCGCGAUCCUUGGAAAGAAAUGGUUAUAAAAAAGAGGAAAGACGUGACAAACGUAGCCGAUCGCCACGAUAUAGGGACCAUUAUAAUAGCAGACGUUAAGCUUUGGAUUACAAUACCAACAUUACAAAAAUGUUUACAGUGUUUUUUAUUAAGAUUUUCGUUAAGAAAUAUAUCAGUUUAAAAAUGUGAAAAAAAUAAACGGUACUCUAUACUUUUA